UAACAAUAAUAAUAAUAAUAAUAAUAAGAGAAGAAUCUUACUUACCCUUCUUCCAUCCUUCUCUUUUAUAUAGGAAGACUUUUCCUUGAAUUGUCACAAGACAGCAUUACUUGAGAAGAAAAGAAAAAGAAAGAAAAAGAAAAGAGAAACAGGAAAAUGCCGCUGAAACAAUGUUAUUUCUUCUUGCUCUCUUUAUUUGCUCUAUCUUCUUUAGCAUUUUCUUGGCAAUUUAACCAAGGUGAGAAUUAUGAAGGAUCUUCUGAUCUAGUAGAUCUUCAGUACCAUAUGGGGCCUGUGUUAGCAUCACCUGUCAAUUUGUAUAUCAUCUGGUAUGGUCACUGGAGCCAGAAUAAUCAAGCUACUAUAAGAGAUUUCAUCUACUCCCUCUCUUCCUCAUCUCCUUACCCUUCUGUUGCUGAUUGGUGGAGAACUGUCAGACUUUAUACUGAUCAAACAGGAUCAAACAUCACCGGAAGUAUACUGCUUUCAGGAGAAUUUUAUGAUUCUGGUUACUCUCAUGGUACAUAUCUGAGUCGUCUAGCAAUCCAAUCUGUCAUUAAAACUGCCGUCAAUACCUAUCCAAGACCUUUGCCUCUUAAUCCUCAUAAUGGUCUGUAUUUGGUUCUAACUUCUGCUGAUGUCCAAGUUCAAGAUUUCUGCAGGGCAGUGUGUGGUUUCCACUAUUUCACAUUUCCAAACAUUGUUGGUGUCACUGUGCCUUAUGCUUGGGUUGGUUACAGUGGAACUCAGUGUCCUGGAAUGUGUGCAUAUCCAUUUGCAUGGCCUAAGUAUUCAGGGAAGCCACCACCAAACACAAAAGGAGGAGGAAACAACAUAAUGAGACCUCCAAAUGGGGAUGCAGCUGUAGAUGGGAUGAUAAGUGUGAUUGCUCAUGAAUUGGCAGAAGUUUCAAGUAACCCACUUGUUAAUGCAUGGUAUGCUGGGGAUGACCCUACUUCACCCACUGAAAUAGCAGAUUUGUGUCUGGGUGUUUAUGGGACUGGUGGAGGAGGAGGGUAUGUGGGGAAAGUGUAUAAAGAUUCUUGGGGAGAUGGAUACAAUGUGAAUGGAGUGAAGGGGAGGAAGUUCUUGGUGCAAUGGGUAUGGAACCCAGCAAAAAGGAGAUGCUUUGGUCCCAAUGCAUUGGAUUAGGGGUGUGCUUUUGUACAUGAUUUCCUAUCAUUUCUUCCACUACCUCUGCUUUUUUAGGUGUUGACGGGGCUUCAGUGAGAAGUACUGGAGAGAAACAGCUAAAUAUUGUGCUUUUUUGGGGGAUUGAUUGAUACUUUGCUUGUUUACUUUAAUAUGUCUAAAACAGGGUUGUAAAUAAGUCUCACUCUUUCUAAGAAACUGUCUUAAGAAAACCUAAACUCAAGCCACUUGCAUGCAAAGUAAAGGCAUUUCUUUGCCUUCUGGCAAAGAUGUAAGUCUGCAGCUUGAAGUUUCAUUCAACCAUCUGCUUUUAGUGAAAGGUCAUUGGCUUCAUAUUCAUCCAAUGACAAAAGGGUUAUCUUAUUUCUGCCAAA